AAAGCCUUGGAAACAUAACACAAGCAAAGAGAAAGAGAAAGAGAAAAGAGAAAUCUCUCUCUAACUCCCUUAGACCUCAAAGCUUAUAGUAACCACCGCCACCACCACCACCACCACAACUCCAACCUUGAAACCAUUCAAACACAUGGCUAUCUGCACCAUUAAUUUCUGGUGCUGUUGACCAGAGCAGAGGAGACAGUUUAAACUUCAAACCUAAACUUUGUCAUCUUCAUCACCACCACCACAACAAGAACAAGAAGAGCAAGACCACCAGAGCUAGCUAGGUCUUGAAGAUGAGAAAGAGCAUUUUCAGGUAAAAUAACAUCACACUCAACCAUUUUUUGUUUGACCAAAUUCAACACUGUAUAUACAACUCUACUUAAAGAUAUGUGUGACACAAGCUUUUUUGUUCACAUGCAUGUUUAGUGCAACACCUUGUUGUAAAAUUCAAGCAUUCUCAUCAACCACAGAAACCUCCUUCACAUGCAUGUUGUCUCCUUAGAGUAGACUUUCACCUUCAUCUUCAACAACAAGAACAACCCCCCAUUUUUCUUCUCCUUCUUCACCAUUUAGCCUUCAUUUUUCCCACAAGUACUCAAAAAAUGGAACAAAACAGUACCCAUUUUCUAUUCUCCUUCACAUUGUUGAUUUACAUGACCAUGGCAAAAAUCUUAUUAGUUACCUCUUUGUCUUCUGAUGGCCAAGCUCUUCUCUCCCUUCUGCCUGCAAAACAAUCUUCUUCUUCUUCUUCUUCUGUGCUGUCUUCAUGGGACCCAUCUAGUCAAACACCAUGUUCAUGGCAAGGCAUAAGCUGCUCUCCCCAAAACAGAGUCAUCUCACUCUCUCUUCCCAACAUUUUCCUCAACCUUUCCUCUUUGCCUCCACAGCUCUCUUCUCUCUCAUAUCUUCAGCUUCUCAACCUCUCCUCCACCAACAUUUCAGGCACAAUCCCUCCUUCCUUUGGCCAACUCACCCAUCUUCGCCUCCUUGACCUCUCCGCCAAUUCUCUCACUGGUUCCAUUCCCCCAGAGCUGGGCAAUCUCUCUGCUCUUCAGUUCCUCUUCUUGAAUUCCAACAGAUUGUCUGAUAAAAUGCCUCAGCAACUUGCUAACCUCACUUCACUUCAAGUCCUUUGCCUCCAAGACAAUCUCAUCAACGGUUCAAUCCCAUCACAACUGGGCUCUCUGGUCUCCCUCCAACAGUUUCGUGUCGGUGGGAAUCCGUAUAUAUCCGGAGAAAUUCCAUCACAGUUAGGCCUACUCACCAAUCUCACAACCUUUGGUGCCGCGGCUACCGGGCUUUCGGGGACGAUCCCAUCCACAUUUGGGAACUUAGUUAAUCUCCAAACACUGGCUCUUUAUGAUACUGAAAUAGUUGGCUCUAUUCCCCCUGAACUUGGGCUCUGUUUGGAGCUGAGGAACUUGUAUUUGCACAUGAACAAGCUCACUGGUUCAAUUCCUCCACAACUGGGAAAGUUGCAAAAGCUCACUAGCCUGCUUCUUUGGGGCAAUGCAUUAUCAGGACCAAUCCCAGCUCAGAUUUCAAAUUGUUCUUCACUUGUUAUUCUGGAUGCUUCUGCUAAUGAUCUCUCUGGCGCAAUUCCAAGAGAUAUAGGGAAGCUGGUGGUUCUUGAACAGCUUCAUCUUUCGGAUAAUUCGCUUACUGGGACAAUACCAUCUCAGCUGAGCAACUGUACAAGCCUUACUGCUCUUCAACUUGACAAGAACCAAUUAUCAGGUACAAUUCCAUGGCAAGUUGGUAAUUUGAAAUCCUUGCAGAGUUUCUUCUUGUGGGGUAAUUUAGUAUCUGGAACUAUACCAUCUUCAUUCGGGAACUGCACUGAACUUUAUGCACUUGAUCUUUCAAGAAACAAGCUUACUGGGUCAAUCCCAGAAGAGAUUUUCAGUUUGAAGAAGCUGAGCAAGCUCUUGCUUCUGGGAAAUUCCUUAUCGGGCGGGUUGCUGCCAAGUGUUGCACAUUGUCAAUCUCUAGUCAGGUUAAGACUUGGAGAAAACCAGCUUUCAGGACAAAUUCCUAAGGAGAUAGGCCAACUGCAAAACCUUGUCUUUCUUGACUUGUACAUGAAUCAUUUCUCUGGAGGCCUUCCAGUUGAGAUUGCCAACAUCACAGUUCUUGAACUAUUGGAUGUGCACAACAACUAUAUAAGUGGUGAAAUUCCAUCUGAGCUUGGGGAGCUUGUGAAUAUGGAGCAACUUGAUCUCAGCCGAAACAGCUUCACUGGCGAAAUUCCUUGGAGCUUUGGAAACUUAAGUUACUUGAACAAGCUCAUCAUCAACAAUAAUCUACUCACAGGCUCAAUACCGAAAUCUAUUCGGAACUUGCAGAAGCUAACUUUGCUGGAUUUGAGCUUCAACAGCCUCUCUGGUCCAAUCCCCCCUGAAAUUGGUCAUGUGACAAGCUUGACGAUCAGUUUGGACUUGAGCUCAAAUAGUUUUACAGGAGAAAUCCCAGAGACAAUGGAGGGUUUGACACAAUUGCAAUCAUUGGAUCUUUCUCAUAAUAUGCUCUUUGGAAACAUUAAGGUUCUUGGUUCUCUAACUAGUCUCACUUCUCUAAAUAUCUCCUGCAACAAUUUCUCAGGUCCCAUACCAGUUACGCCGUUCUUCAGAACUCUCUCUUCAAGUUCAUAUCUUAAGAACCCACAUCUUUGUGAGUCUGCUGAUGGGACUACUUGUUCUUCAAGUCUAAUGCAGAAGAAUGGUUUAAAAUCUGCGAAAACUGUUGCUUUAAUCACUGUGAUUCUGGCAUCAGUAACCAUAGCAGUUAUUGCCUCAUGGAUUGUUGUUAUGCGAAAUCAUAGGUAUAUGGUAAAGAAAUCUUUAGGAGCAUUGGCAUCGUCAUCGGGAGCUGAAGAUUUCUCUUAUCCGUGGACCUUCAUCCCAUUUCAGAAGCUAAAUUUCACCAUUGACAACAUCUUGGAUUGUCUCAAGGAUGAAAAUGUGAUCGGGAAAGGUUGUUCUGGGAUUGUCUAUAAAGCUGAAAUGCAGAACGGAGAUUUGAUUGCGGUGAAAAAGCUGUGGAAAACAAAACAAGAGGAAGAACCGAUAGACUCUUUCGCUGCAGAAAUUCAAAUUCUUGGACACAUUCGCCAUCGGAACAUUGUGAAGCUCCUAGGUUACUGUUCAAAUAGAAGUGUGAAGCUGCUUCUAUACAACUUCAUUCCCAAUGGUAAUCUGCAACAGCUAUUGCAAGGGAAUAGGAACUUGGACUGGGAAACUAGGUACAAGAUUGCAAUUGGCUCAGCUCAAGGUUUAGCAUACCUUCACCACGAUUGCGUCCCGGCAAUUCUUCACAGGGAUGUGAAGUGCAAUAACAUACUCUUGGAUUCAAAGUAUGAAGCUUAUCUCGCAGAUUUUGGUCUGGCAAAGUUGAUGAACUCUCCAACUUACCACCAUGCAAUGUCCAGAGUAGCUGGCUCUUAUGGUUAUAUUGCACCAGAGUAUGGAUACACAAUGAACAUAACAGAGAAAAGUGAUGUCUAUAGCUAUGGUGUGGUUUUGCUGGAGAUCUUAAGCGGGCGUAGUGCUGUUCAGCCACAGAUUGGUGAUGGGCUACACAUUGUUGAAUGGGUGAAGAAGAAGAUGGGAAGCUUCGAACCAGCUGUAUCAAUACUAGAUGCAAAGCUCCAAGGUCUGCCAGAUCAAAUGGUGCAAGAGAUGCUGCAAACACUCGGAAUAGCAAUGUUCUGCGUAAACUCUUCGCCGGCAGAACGGCCGACCAUGAAGGAAGUGGUGGCAUUGCUAAUGGAGGUUAAGAGCCAACCUGAAGAAUGGGGAAAAACUUCCCAACCCCUAAUAAAGCAGUCUUCAGCUCAAAGUUAAUUUUUAUCCUCUUUUCUUUCUAAACCUUCCAAGGACAUUAGUGAAUUGAUUUUCAAUCCCAACAUAAGAGAAU